AUGUUAAGAAAAGAGAAAUUGUAUGCAAAAUUCUCCAACUGCGACUUUUGGCUAAAUGAGGUCCAAUUCUUGGGUCACGUUGUCACUCAAGACGGGGUGAAGGUGGACCCAUCCAAGAUCGAGGCGAUGAUGAAUUGGGAACCACCAAAGAGUCCGUCAGAGAUUCGAAGUUUCUUGGGUCUGGCGGGUUAUUACAGGAGAUUUAUCCAAGAUUUCUCCAAGGUCGCUUCUUCCUUGGCAGCAUUGACUAGGAAGAAUGUGAAGUUUAUCUGGACAGAAAAACAAGAAUAUGCUUUUAGAACUCUCCAAAAGAAAUUAUGUGAAACCCCGAUUCUCUCCUUACCAAAAGGAUCCAAAGACUUCAUAGUUUCUAGUGACGCUUUGAAAAUGGUAUUGAGUUGCGUCUUGAUGUAA